CUCUUGCACCUUAAAGAAACCCUUCUUGUUCUCCUUUGGAGAUUAGAGAGAGAGAGAUUUGUGAACUUUGAAAAGUUUCCAUAAAUGGGCAGAAGUCCUUGUUGUUCAAAAGAUGGCAUGAACAGAGGGGCAUGGACGGCUAAGGAAGACAAAAUUCUUAUCGAGUACAUUAAGGUUCAUGGUGAAGGGAAAUGGAGAAACCUCCCCAAAAGAGCAGGUCUUAAGAGAUGUGGAAAGAGUUGCAGACUUCGUUGGUUAAACUACUUAAGACCUGAUAUUAAGAGAGCAAACAUUACUCAGGAUGAAGAGGACCUCAUUAUCAGGCUUCACAAGCUCCUUGGAAACAGAUGGUCUCUGAUAGCGGGAAGGCUUCCUGGGCGAACAGACAAUGAAAUCAAGAAUUACUGGAACACAAACAUUGGCAAAAAAGUCCAAGGUCAUCCCAAUAACUCCACAAAUCAAUCCAAACGAAACCCCAGUCAAAGCAUGGGUCAAUCAUUAUUUGGCCAGCCACCCUCACCAACAAUAGGAUCACAUGUUGUUCGUACCAAGACAUCUAGGUGCACCAAGGUUUUCAUCAAUGCAGAGCCACAGGAAACUCAACAUCUCCAUAAUAAGCCGGUGGUUGCACCGCUGCCCACAGUUAAAGACACAGUUAUUGACAGUACUGCUGUGAUUUCCGAUCAACUUUCUGGGUUACCGGAGUUUAUUUUCAAUGAAGAUAAUAACCAAUCUGACCCUAUGAUGGAUUUUGAGAUAGAGAAAUUUCUAUCAGACGUUCUUGACUCUGAACUUGCACCAGUGUGUGAGUUUGACAUUGGGGUGGUCAAAGGUGGUGAUACUAGCAGCAACACAACUGAACAGUGCAGCUACUCAUCUCCUAAUUCUGAUCAAACUGUGGUGUGCACUGAAGAUAUGUUGCGUAAUUCGGAUCUUGGAUCGAUGGCAACUGCUCUUGAUCCUGAAGUGGAUUGGCUUCAAGAUUAGAGAGAAAAAUAAUAAUUGGUGAAAUAUAGUUUCUUACGACACUUUGGUCGGUGGCUUCUAAUUAUCCUGUCCAUUGUUAACAGUUUCGUGUAAAUCGCUGAAUGAAAGGUGG